AUGCUUGAAGUCACCGUACAGGCGACAUUGAAAAAUGAGACUAUUGUGGCAGUGAAGAAGCUGGAUAUGAAACACAGUAGAGCAAAGGCAGACUUCGAGAGCGAAAUAAGACUUAUUAGUAAUGUUCAUCACCGUAACCUUGUCCGUCUCUUAGGAUGUUGCACCAAGGGAUCCGACCUGCUUCUUGUUUAUGAGUUCAUGGAGAACAAAAGUCUUGACAUAUUCUUAUACGAUCAAAAUCGAGGAUCGUUGAGCUGGAAACAACGGGUGGAUAUAAUAUUUGGGACGGCAAAGGGGAUUGCAUUUUUGCACGAGGAUUACCACACAACCAUCAUACAUCGAGACAUCAAACCGGGCAAUAUCCUACUCAACAACCACUUCCAAGCUAAGAUUGAGGAUUUUGGUUUGGCGAGGCUUCUCCCUGAGAAUCAUAGACAUAUCAGUACUAAGUUUGCAGGCACAUUGGGGUAUACAACACCGGAAUACGCCAUCAGCGGGCAUUUAUCUGAGAAGGUCGACAUCUAUGGCUUCGGAAUUGUGAUGCUCGAAAUCAUCAGAGGCAGAAAAUCCACUGACGUCACCCCAGAUUCCACCUUUGAUUACUUACUUAAAGAGGCAUGGAAGUUAUACGAGACAGACAUGCACCAAAACCUAGCUGAUGUAGCGUUGAACUCGAACGAAUAUCAAGGGGAAGAAGUGAAAAAAUUGGUGGAAAUUGCUAUGCUGUGCGUACAGUCAACGCCUUCGUCGAGGCCAGCCAUGUCUCAAGUUAUUUUCAUGCUUGCCGGUGAUGGAUCGGUUGGGCUGCAGAGGGCUGUUCGAACGUCGUCUUUCAGUUAUGAAGUUGGAGUUCAAAUUGAUAAUGGCGCCUUGCUUUCUACACAAGAAUCUGCCUCAGAGUAA